UGUAGGAAUAAUUUCUUCGUCGGCUUUAUUUUUUAAUGUUCGUGAGUGUUAGUGUACAUGUUAGUGUUAGAACGUAAUUUCACACAGUAUGGUAAUGUAACAUAAAUAACCUACAAUCAAACUAAUAAUAUAAGAGAGGUCAAUUCCACUUGUAUUCCGAGCCCCUGAAAGCAACAUUCAAGGCGGUGAACAGUAUGGUACUGUGAAACACUGAGGUGUCUGCCAGUUCGUAUUGCGUUCCGAGUCCUUGAAAGCAACACUAAGAGGCCACGCCUCCACAAAAGCCGGAAGUCGAGUGUUGAUGAAGAAGUCGCUUGUUAUCAAGUUGAAGAACUGUAUUGUUUCGAGACCAAAGGAGUUAUAUCGCCACAAUGUCAUCCAACAUCGUCGCAAUGAAGAAAAUCGUUCAACAGCUACGCCUUGAAGCGGGAAUGAACCGAGUAAAGGUGUCCCAAGCCGCUGCGGACCUGCAGCAGUUUUGUCUUCAGAACGCCCAACAGGACCCCCUGCUCACCGGCAUGUCGUCCAGCAACAACCCGUUCAGACCGCAGAAAGUCUGCUCCUUCCUAUAGCAGCGAUCCCCUCCCUCUGGAUUCACCAAUGUGGUGCCUUGAGGCUGUUUACUGCAGGUUUUGCAUUCUGGACUAAAAUCGCCUAAGGAGUGUUGAGGGAAAAUUGGGAACAAGCAACUCACUUCAUUAUUAUUAUUAUUAACAAAUAAACACAUCCAGGUGCCAAGGUGGCACAAUAAGUGUAAAUGUAAUGUAUGAAUAAAACCAACUAAUUAACCCCCCCACCACCACACACAUGUGCCUUGUACAGCUUUUCCAUAUCCGACUCCAAGAAUAAAAUGGUUUUCACAUUUCA